AUAUGGAUCAGAACACUUCACUCGAGCCGCAAGUUGAUUAUGAUGCUAUCCAACCGACAAAACUCCAAGUCCUGUUGGAAUUAGAAAAGGUAACGAACGAUUCCGAUCUUGUUUCGAAUCAAUUACAGAUGCAUUUACGAAGUAAUCAUAUGAUGCGUUUGUUUUGCAAUGCUAUCAAAAAGUCAUGGAAUAUAAUAACGAACUGGAUGCACCCGCGCAAUGAACAAGAUACCAAACCGCCAAAAGAAGUCAUGGAUGGAUUAGACAAGAUUAAACAUUUCCCCAUUGCCGAGAAAAUGUUAGAAUGGUAUCUUGACACCGUUUGCGAGGACUUUGAAAAGGAAUUUGACGAAAGAUUGAAGCAAUGGCGGAAGGAAUGGGUAUGUGGUGGAAAAAACCAUUAA